AUGCCUAGAAACUUUCUUAAAGCUCUCUAUAAAUAUUGUGAAAUCAAUUUCUUAUUCGAAUAUUACAAUAAUACAUACCCAACUGACCAAAAAGCAGAAGAAAUCUAUAACAAAAAAGAUUUUCUUGUCUCUGAAACUAAUUCUGAAAAUAGUCAAAAUGAUAAUAGUUCUGAAUCAAAAUUUACAACAAUAAGUCAAACAGGAAACAGACAACAUACUGGAUCUCAAAAUGGUAAAAGAGUAAAAAUAAUUGAUCAUAUAGAAAAUAUGAUCAUAAAUGAAGAUAAUUCACAACAAAGCGCUUGA